AUGUGCAAGUGGUCAACAGCUGAAGACCUGGUCCUCAUCAGUGCAUGGUUGAACACCUCCAAGGAUCCAGUAGUUGGGAAUGAGCAAAACGCAAGAACCUUUUGGAAGAGGAUUGUGUCGUAUAAUAAUGCAAGUCCCAAGAGGACCAGUGGCCAGAGUGAAGAUGAUGUUUUGAAGGCGGCACACGAAAUAUUCCUCAAUGAUUACAAGGUGAAGUUCUCAUUGGAGCAUGCGUGGAGGGAGCUUAGGAAUGAUCAGAAAUGGUGUGGGACUUAUGGAAGUAGUCAACAAAGUUCUGGUUCAAAGAGAAAGAGGGUGGGGGAAGAACAAUCUUUUCAGUCAUCAACAUCGAUGCCCAGUGUCAAUGGAGAGGAUGAAGCAACGGCUAGGCCUAUUGGUGUGAAGGCAUCCAAGGCGAAGGCUAAAAGGGGAACAAGUCACACACAGCCAGAAAUAGAACCAAGAAAACGGAUUGUUUGUGGCCUCUCAGCAAGAGAAAUCAUACCACCUCUCCCACAAGAAGAUACAGAUGAUGAUGUUGUGGAUAUCCCACAAGAAGAUACAGUCGAAGUGGUGGAGAUAUCAGAUGAAGAAGAAGAAGAUAUGGUGGAGUUAUCAAGCGAAGAAUACAGGACCAAUAUGGGCUACUUGAUUAGGGUGGAGGAAUCAGAAGGUGACAUUGAACCUGAGUUCAGAAGGAUGCUUUAA